AUGAGCACACAACCACAACCCUCCAACGUCUUAGCAAGCAUUCUUAACCUUAACAAGCUAACUAGUCCAAACUUCUCGAAUUGGUUAAGAAAUCUAAGGAUUUUCCUGAAUUUAGAGCGUAUAGGAUACAUUCUAGAUUCAAAGGUUCCUGGUCCUUUGCCUAAAGGGGCCACAAAGGAAGAAAGGGACACCUUGGAUAGAUGGAAAGAGCACAAUAUGCGGGCUAGGUGCUACAUGUUGGCUUUUAUGACUAAUGAGUUACAGAAGCAGCAUGAAAAGAUGCAUAGUGUAUCUGAGAUCCUCGAUCACCUGCACGAUUUAUAUUAUGAACAUAGCCGAAAUGCUAAAUAUGAGAUAUCUAAGCAAUUUUUUCGAAUGAGGAUUAUUGAGGGAUGGGAAGUGGGAGCCCAUGUUCAUAGGAUGAUCCAAUUGAUAGAGCAGUUGGAAGCUCUUAUUUCCAUCAUAGACUUCCAGCUUCAGACUAAUUUGAUCCUACAGUCCUUACUUGAUUCAUUUGGAUCUUUCAUCACAAACUUCCAUAUGACUAAACAGAAGUGCACCUUAGCUGGCCUGUUGAACUUGUGGUCAUUGCCCAGAAAAAUAUGCCUAGCAAUAAGGGAAAGGAGGUAG